AGACUUCUUAUCAAUAUUUCGACGAUAUUUUUUAUCUAUAAAUCGACAUUUCGUUAUAGAAUAUUCAGUUUGCUUAUAUCCCUCGAAAGAGUGCCAGUAAAAAAGUGUAAUUAGAAAAAAAAAACUAUUAAAAAAUGAAUACCAACAGCGGAGAAUUCAAUGACCCCAAAGGCCAGGGUAUGCCCCCACCAUACACAGACACGCCAGCUGGGCCCCCACCCACUGUGGUACACCCAUACCCCCCUGUGCAACCCGUAGGAGUUGCGUACCAACAGACUACGGGGCCCAAUGUCGUCCCAGUCAUCGUCGGCAACCGGGCUAUGGGCCCCAAGCCCAGCACGAUCACCUGUCCAUCUUGCAGAGUGGACAUAGUCACAAGGGUAGAACACAUCACCUCUACUAAAACCCACUUGUUUGCUCUCGGACUUUGUAUUGUUUUCUGGCCUUUAGUAUGCCUGCCGUAUAUACUAAGCAGUUGCCAGAAUGCUGACCACUACUGUCCAAACUGCAAUGCCUAUAUUGGAAGCUACAAGAACUAAGACCUGGAUUGACAUAUAUAGGACUAAAUAAUACGUUGAUAGUGUUAUCACCUAUUGCGUACUUGGAUUACAAUAUUUUGACAAAGGUGAUGAAACGUUAUACCAAUGUUGCGCAAAUGUUUCACCGAAUGAAGAAAGUUGAUUCUUUGUGAGAAUCUGUGUGUUCUUUGCCUUAUAUUUGUUGAAAGAAGUGCAUAGAAUAGAGUUGAUGAUUGGGUGUGAAAAUUAAAAAUCUAUUUAGUCCAUCAGUAAGGUUAUGAAAAAAUAUUAGACACGUAUUUUUUAUUUUGUCAUAUAAGAUAAUAAUACUUAGAUAGAAUAAAUCAAAGUUUAGGAGUGGGAGUAAAUACGUCAUGUCACGCGAUAUUUCUUGGUACAGAAAUGUGGAGAUGGUGGUCAAACGUCAUAAUUUUAAGUACAUAUAUAUAACUUAAUAAUAAAAUUGAAAUCGUUAUAUCUUCAAAAGUAUUUAAUUUCCAAAAUAAAAUAAAAAAUACGUGUCUAAUAUUUUAAAAUAAUCUACAAGAUGGACAUUAAAAUAAAAAAAUAGUCAUCUAUCCUAUUAUGAUGACGCCUAUGAUACGAAUAGUUUAGAAGAAAUAAUUGUUUAUUAAGUUAGAUACGAGUAGAAUGAGGUUGAUGUGUGAUAGUAAUACUUAAAGACUAAAUGUGAUUGCUUUAUGUGUUUGUAAAGAAACUAUUUCCUAAUUAUUUUUGUAUAAAAUCGAAAAAUUUCUCUGUUUUCCAUUUAUUUUUCUGAAAUCUGCUAAUGCUUCUCAAACUAUGCAUUUAUGUAUAGUUUCAGAUUAGUAUAAGUAGAUACUUCACGACGCAUGACUGCCAAUUGUCUUUCACAAUCUUAGAGAAUCUCUGUGAAAUGACAGUUUGAUAGAUGCGUCAAAAGGGUAAUGACCCCAAACUAUACUUCUGUUGUUUUCUGUCCAUAAAGGCUCUUGCGACGCAAUGCUAGGUAUGUUUGCAUGUGUGUGUUGACUUUUAAUAAGUCUAUAUUAGUUGUAUAAAAAUAAGAUGGUAAUCUAUACUACUGAGCUUUAAUAAAUAAAAUGUAAGACAAA